CAACAGACAACAAUCACAAUUAACACCAUGCCUGCCGUAAUGAGCGUCAACGGCAGCAGCUCCGGUGGCCCCGGUGACAUACCAGCCAAGCUCACCGCCCAAGUACUUGUAUGCUCCAUCAUCGCGGCCUUCGGUGGCCUCAUGUUUGGUUACGACAUCGGCAUUUCAGGAGGGGUGACAUCCAUGGAUGAGUUCUUGGAGGAGUUUUUUCCACAUGUUUACGUGAAAAAACACCAUGCAAAAGAAGAUAACUACUGCAAAUUCGACGAUCAAUAUCUCCAGCUUUUCACAUCUUCUCUCUACCUCGCGGCGGUGGUUUGCAGUCUUUUCGCAUCGAAAUGUUGUAAGAGAUAUGGCCGGAAACUCACCAUACAACUGGCGUCGUUGUUCUUUCUGGGCGGUGUCAUUCUCACCGCAUGUGCCGUGAACCUCGCCAUGCUCAUCUUUGGUAGGCUUUUUCUAGGCGCCGGAGUUGGAUUUGGUAACCAGGCUGUGCCAUUGUUCAUAUCAGAGAUUGCUCCGGCAAGGUAUAGAGGUGGCCUCAACGUCUGCUUCCAGCUGCUAGUGACGGUGGGUAUCUUAUGUGCGAGCAUCGUUAACUAUUUCACCGCAACCCACCCACAUGGAUGGAGGAUUUCAUUAGGUGGUGCAGCCAUUCCAGCUCUUUUUCUUGCAAUUGGAUCCUUACUAAUCGUGGAGACUCCUACAAGUCUUAUUGAGCGUGGAAAUCCACAACAAGGGCUUGAAACUCUUCAAAAGAUCCGAGGGGUUCAAGAUGUGCAAAAAGAAUAUGAUGAAAUAGUAAAUGCAACGGAAAUAGCUAAGCAAAUCAAGCAUCCAUUCAAGAACUUAAUGAAGCGAUCAAGUCGACCUCAGCUUGUGGUCUCGAUGGUCCUUCAACUGUUCCAGCAGUUUACUGGCAUUAAUGUGAUCAUGUUUUAUGCACCCGUUUUGUUUCAAACAAUGGGGUUUGGGAGUGAUGCAUCGCUAUUGUCGGCUGUUACUACUGGGUGUGUUAAUGUGUUGGCUACAUUGGUGGCAGUUUUUGGGGUUGAUAAGUUUGGAAGAAGGUUCUUGCUUAUUGAAGCUUCGAUUCAAAUGCUUAUUGCACAGAGUAUUACAGGAGGAAUACUUGCAGCAUUCUUAAAAUCUACGAAUGUUUUACCAAAGAAGUAUUCAUAUCUAGUGCUAUUCUUGAUAUGCUUUUUCGUAUCUGGUUUUGCAUGGUCAUGGGGUCCUUUAGGGUGGUUGAUUCCUAGUGAGAUAUUUCCAUUAGAGACCAGAACGGCUGGUUUCUUUUGUGCUGUUAGCAUGAACAUGAUCUUCACCUUCAUUGUGGCUCAAGCUUUUCUAACAACACUUUGUCAUAUGCGUGCUGGAAUCUUCUUCUUCUUCUGUGGGUGGAUUGUGAUAAUGGGAAUUUUUGCUUAUUCGUUUUUGCCGGAAACCAAAGGUGUCUCGAUAGAUGAAAUGAAUGAUAAGCUUGCUGUUAAUACUCAAAAAAAUACCACCAAAGAAUCCCUCCAAUGUUGUCGCCGCUCUUUACCCCUUCCAUUACCUCUAUCCAAAGCUUCCAUCGACGUCCAAAGCACCGCCGACCCAAGCCUCAGCACUGGCGACCCACCCUAUCAUUGA